UUUCCACGUAACUGAAACUAUUUCGUGAAAGUGGGUUAUUCAAUUUACAGAAAACAGUCAAACAUGUCUUCUCUUGUUCGAAUAGGCGCUCUCUUUUAAUCUUUUUCAACUUGUUAUCACUCUUUACAACAAAAUGGCAGCGCCUUAUGGACAGGGACCCCCACCACAGUACGGACAGGGACCACCUCCACCACAGUAUGGACAGGGACCCCCUCCACAGGGAUACUAUCCUCCUCCACAACAGCAGCAACAGCAACAAUCAACCACUGUCGUAGUAGCCGGGGGUCAAGGAGGAUCAACAGUAGUACAAGUACAUAAAGAACGGUGUGCUGACAAAAUCUGUCUGAAUAUCUGUCUCACUAUCUUCUGUCCAUUUUGGUUAUUUAUUUGGUUAUGUUUGUGCUGUUGUGAAAAAUGAUUGGUGGACAAUGAAAAUCUCUUAAACAUUUUAUUUCAUGUUUCUUUUCGUUUCUCUGUAAAUUAUGAUCAUGUUUCAAAAAUGAAAAUGUUACAAAUGCUCACUGCACUAGUUUCAAUCUUUAAUAUAAUUGAAUGAGUUUGAUUUAAAUUGUUUAAAAUCAUGUAUUGUGUCAAGUUGAUCUUCGAUUCUUAGGUCUAUGGUGCCGUCUUUCAGCAAUUGUUUAGAUGAAAUUCGAUCCUUAGUCUUUUGUGCCGUCUUUCAGCACUGUCAAGUUGAUAUUCAACCUUAGUGUUUGGUGCCGUCCUACAUCAAUUGUCUAGUUGAUGUUUUUAAUCAUUAAUGUUUGGUGCCGUCCUUCAGCAGUUAUCUAGUUGAUCUUCAGUCCUAAGUCUUUGGUGCAGUCUAACUCUUUCAGUAAUUGUCAAGUUGAUAUUCAACCUUAGUGUUUGGUGCCGUCCUACAUCAAUUGUCUAGUUGAUGUUUUUAAUCAUUAAUGUUUGGUGCCGUCCUUCAGCAGUUGUCUAGUUGAUCUUCAGUCCUAAGUCUUUGGUGCCGUCUAACUCAUUCAGUAAUUGUCUAGUUGAUAUUCAAUCCUUAGUGUUUGGUGCCGUCCUACAUCAAUUGUCUAGUUGAUGUUUUUAAUCAUUAAUGUUUGGUGCCGUCCUUCAGCAGUUGUCUAGUUGAUCUUCAGUGCUAAGUCUUUGGUGCCGUCUAACUCUUUCAGUAAUUGUCUAGCUGAUGUUCAAUCCUUAGUGUUUGGUGCUGUCGUUCAGCAUUUGUCUAGUUGAUCUUCAGUCCUAAGUCUUUGGUGCCGUCUAACUCUUUCAGCAGUUGUCUAGUUGAUCUUCAGUCCUUAGUCUUUUGUGCCGUCUUUCAUCAAUAGUCUAGUUGAUCUUAUACGCUCAGUGUUUGGUGCCGUCUUCAGCAAUUGUCUAGUAGAUCUUAUAUCCUCAGUUUUGGUGCCGUCUUUCAGCACUUAACUUACUCUAGUUAAAAUUGUCUAGUUAAGUUUUUUAUCCUCGGUGUUCAGUUCCCUCUUCCAGCAAACGUGUAGCUGAUCUCCAUUUUCUCAGUUUUGAGUGUCGUCUUUCAGCAAUUUGAUUAUAUGUUAUGAUAAGUUAUGAUCAAUAUAGAAUAUCUUAUUAAGUUUAAUGACAUCUUUGUUAAAAUUAUCUUAAUGAGCAUGACAUACUAGUUUUGUAAAGGUAAAUAAACAAAGUCAACUUUUUUUUAUGAAAGUUUAAAUGGUAUUGUUUUUCCCGCCAUAGUAUAUGCUGUAUAUUGCUAUAUUCACUGCUUUAUAUACUGUUAUAAAUGUAUAG